CAGGAGUUGACAAUAUACACUCCAUGAAACCGACUAAACAUUGAAAAUAAUACCUUUGCACUUCGGCACGUCGGGUACACGAAGUUUUGAGCUUCAGACGUCGAUGGAACGACAAAAAAAACUUGGAAAGACCAAAAGGGACCCUAGAUGUAUCCCCUUCUGGUGCAUUUAAUUCCCGAUAGGUGUAUUGCAGAACGCGAUCAAAUUGACAUUUGUCUUUUUGUUUUCACUGGUUUUCACGUGGAGGAGUCAUACAGUACUCUUCUGAGACAACAUUCAUUUCCUAAUAUAGAAAUCUAGGGCACGGUGAACAAAGAAAUAACAUUAUCAUGGUACGUGUAAUUAGUCAGGAAACCUACGAUGAGGUUGUUAACGAAAAUAUCGAACAAUUUUCGAUGUCUCCCGAGGAAGCUGUUGAAGAUGCUGUAAAACAAUUCGAAGCUCAGGGCAUAGACUUGAGCAACAUCAUUAAAGAUUUAAUUAUCAGCGAUGAUAGUAGUUUAAUAGUGUCUUGCCUAACUCAAAUUAAUAAUGCCAUUGAGGAUCAGAAUUAUGACAAUGUUUCACACGUAUUAGACAAGUUAAGGAAUGAAUUAGAUAAAGAUAUUUCACGUAGGGUAUAUGCAGGAAAAAAGGGAGGAUACGAUUCUUUAAUAAAAUUAAUGAAAACUUGUCCUAAUAAUAUUUCAAUAACAAGAGCAGCCUUGAAAACUAUUACUUCAUUGAUGAUGGGUAAUCCAGACCUAUUAAACGAAGAAGGAAUAGCUUUACAAAUGCACAUUUUAGACAACCAUUCAGACAUUCCAACGUUACAAUGCCUUUUGCGUUGGAUAAGAGAGUGUUGUAUAAAACAUGAGCUUAACAGACAGGGUAUUUUCAAUGCAGACAUUUUCAAUAAACUUAAGAAAAUAUUAGUUCAGGAUAAUGCAAGCGCAUCAGAAAUAAGAGAUGCUUGUGCUGUAAUUAGAGCUCUGGUAUUAGAUGAUGACAUUAGACACGAAUAUGGAAAAGCUCACGAGCAUGCAAGCGUUAUCGCAAAAGGAGCUCUCAAUAUCCUUACUAAUUUAAUGCCAAAAUUCAAAAAAGAUAAAGGAAUUGUAGGAGAUUUGAUGAUAACUCUAGCUGCUCUAAUAGUGAGAAAUGAGUUUUGUCAGGAGGUAGAGGCUGCAGGAGGAUUAAAAUUUGUGAUAGACGUUAUGAUCGACCAUCCAGACUCUGAGAAAUUAAAUUGGCAAGCUCUGAAAUUACUAAAAGCUCUGGCUGGAAACGACGAUGUGAAGUCUCAAAUUGUAACAUCAGGUUGUGGCCCCUUGAUUGUUUCUGCCAUUAGUAGGCUCAAAGGCUCUGAGUGUGUAGUGACUGCUGGACUUGCAUGUAUUUCUGCAUUAACACUGAGGUGUCCCUCAAACGCUGGUGUGUUUUACGAUUGCGGAGCAGCGCUUAUAAUAGUAGACGCGAUGAAAGCUUACCCUAAAAACAUAAAUGUUUUGAAACAAGCUGCUUGGGCCAUCAGAAAUAUGUCCGUAAGAAAUAAAGCAGAGUGUAAUGAAUUUAUUGCUCACGGUAUAGAAGAUGUCUUGGGAAAUGCCUUGCGACAACAUGGCCCUAAGAUCGAAAGUGACGUGAAAGCAGCCUUAAGGGAUCUGGGAUUAAAGGUAGAAUUGAAAGAAAGAUGGACUGGAAAGGGUGGUUCCUUGAACCACCCGGUCGAUUAAUAACCACGACAUUCGGUUUUAAAAUGUUCCAGCCACUUUUAUAUGUUUCGCUUACAAACGACGAAAUAAAUUGUCGAAAAAUAAACAACUAACAUAGUAUUUUUUCCUUUUUUGUAGUACGACAUAAUAUCUAUACAAAUAUUGUUAUAUAUAUAUAUGUAUGUAUAUACACAUAUAUUGAUUUUUUAACUUACUUUUUAUACACUCUCAUAUAUAUAUUUAUAUGUUGUGUAUCAAUAUAGAUUGAUAAUAAACAUUAUAUCUUUAAUUAUCUUUAAUUAUCUUUAACGCGAUAAAGCAUGCGAUUAGUCACACAUAAACCGCUCGAACAUUAAUCCAUUUAGCUGUUAUCUUGAUGGUUUAUUUUCACGUUGAAUCAAAUUUUCAUUACAUACAUAUACCUAUAUUUUUUUGUUGAGUAAAUACAUGAAAUUCUCUUUGUGAAUUACAAUUAAUUGAAAAGUGUAUGUUAUUUGCUAAAAGACUCCAGACAGUUUAAAUUUGUUUUAUUGAAUUUUUCGAUGAAAUGUAAGCUCGAUCUUUUAGUGUUGCUUUAAUUCAGAAUUCCGAAUUUCUUUUUGAGCAAAGUCAGGUAAUGUGUUCGAUUACAUCGAAGAUAACAUUGAAUAUUGAUUUACAUUCAUAUUAAACACUGAACAUCCAUAUCGUACAACGUCGAUUUAAUUUUGUUCCAUCAGUCCACACUCUCUCCGCGUUUCUUGACGCAUUUUUAUAAGAGAAAAUACAAUGGAAAAUUUUCAUAAAACUAUCCCUUGAAAUAUUUUAACAGUGAAUUUGUAUUCUUCACAAAGUUGAAAGACACUGAGAAACGAUUUGAAACUUAUCCACUUUAUUUUUUGUUCAAACGGGAAACAUUCAGAAAAGCUAAGGGUUAAUUUGAUAACAAAUCUCUUACGAUAGACGAUAAUAUUUGUUCGAUAUUAUAGAAUACACAAAUUACGAUAUUGAAAACCGCGCUUCGAUCAGCGACGGUUUUCACAUUGAUACAUUUAUUGUUUGUUCGUUGUACUUCACUCCUGCAAGAGACUACGAUUGUAUCACAGUCUUUGACGAGAUCACAUUUGCUUAAAAGCGAAUGCGAUAAUACAAUAGAGAAACAUUUUUUUCCAUAUAAACAGCGAGGAAACGAGACGCAAAGUGUUUCGUUCUUGUAAAAGAAUCACAGAGAAUGUAUCUACUUUCAUCGAAGUGUACUUUGUAGUUAGAGAAAUUGUGUAAAAAAAAUAUAUAUGUUUAUAUAUACAGAUUCGAAAAUGGACCAUAUGGAAAUAUAAGAGAUUGUUUAGGUUGUUCUUUUUAAGAACGAAAAUGAUUUUUCUGUACUGAAAACAUCCUACCUUAUUUAUCCAUUCUGUAGAUAGUUUUACUUUUAACACGUUGACUGUCACGAUACAUAAUUAGAAUAAAUAAUUUGGAAUAUCCGGUAGUUCGAGUCAACAAUUUAAGACAUCUAGAGUUAAGGCUUUAAGAUUAGAAAAAUAGUCCUUAGUAUCCUUAAAAAAUACUAUGGCAUGCCGUUCUAUGUAGAAUGAUGUAACAUACAUAUAUAAUUACUAUUUUUUACUGUGCCAGUGAACGUGUUAAUCCAUUUGCAUCGGAAGGAUCUAAUUUGUAAACCACAGCAAUAAAGUUCACCGAUAUCAGCAUACUUUACAUGUUGUAACUGUAACCGAUGCAAAUGGAAGCGAAUUCGUGCUGAAACAAUAAAUCGAAGUGCGAACUAAACAUGGUGCUCGUGUUAGUAUGUAUGUAUGUACAAUACAAUGUUGAAAUGCAGAUAAUGAUUGUAUCUGUUCGAAACGCAUCUCCUAGAUCAGGAGGAUACAAUACUUUAAGCUCAUUUCAA